UUGAACCAAGUCUCCUCGCCCCGCUGCUUCCUCCAACGGGGGUGGGCGGUUAGAGCCGCCGGUCUUCAAGAAAUAGGCUGGAUCUGCAAAUGUUGGCCAGAUGAAUUAGUUGGCAUUCACAGUCUGUAUGGAGGGAGAGUUCAGCACGCAGGGGACAAGAUGCAGGGGAUGUAUGGAGUCACGACGCACGACGCAACGCAGUUCGUCAUGUCCUAAAGUGAAUCACGAUGGGAUAUCUGUUGUGACGUGAAAUUUAGGUUAGAUGCAAUUAGACAUGGCUUACGUGUCGCGUGUUCACCCGCAGCUGUAGCAUAUAGCUGCUUAUUGAAAGCACUUCCCAUCACCUUUUGGCUGCAGUUCAUUUUGCUUGUUUUAUUUUUGGGGCAAAGCAGACAUUUCACUGCGCCUCAACUUACUCUUGCGCUGUAUUUGCUAUGAAGUGAGGAAGAGUGGCUGCGCUUUGCGUGGAGGCGCAGACUGAGUGCGCCGGUGAAGUCAAGUGUUUGCGGAUUUCUCUGGAAGGACGCUGCCCUGCGCUUCGUGCACCUGUGGACACAUUAGGUGCUUCUUUUCCACUCCAAACGUUUUAUUUUGGGGGAGGCUUUCCUGCAGCAUAAAGUGUCUGUCGGAUGCACGGCUGGAUUGUCAGCAGUGGGAGAGGUCUGGCCAGAUUCAGCACCACAUCAGCUUUGAACAGCUCCAGGUCGGCGCGUGUGGAUGGGCUCUGUCGGUCUCCGUGUCUCCUGCAGCUCCUAACUACCGGCAACAAUGGCAUCACACGGUUUCUGGUCUCUCGGCGGAGAUAAUGCGGGGGCCAAUACCGGGAGCCAGAGCCCCAGUACGACCAGGGCUUGGUGCCAAGCGGCGGCCCAGAAAUUUCCCGGAGGAAUCGGAUCGAAAUUAUGUGCGCUGCUCAAUGUCGGGGAAGUGGAGAAACCCGCCGAGCCGGCCACCAAGCAGCCGCCGCAGCCGCAGGCUGCAGGCUCCUGCGGCUGCAACAAACCAUGCAACUGCACCAAGGCUUCCGUGGGCUUCUCCGACCUCUAUUCAACAGACCUGUUACCUGCCAUGGACGGGGACACCAAAACAAUGACCUUCCUGCAGGAAGUUGUGGAUAUUUUACUGGCCUACAUCGUGGAGUCUUUCGACCGGGAAACGAAAGUUAUUGAUUUUCAUUAUCCAAACGAGCUGCUGCAGAUGAACAACUGGGAGCUGCAGGAGGAGCCGGCGACUCUGGAUGAUAUCUUGAUCAGCUGUCGCGCUACUCUGAAAUACGCCAUCAAAACAGCCCACCCCAGGUACUUCAAUCAGCUCUCUACAGGAUUAGACAUGGUUGGACUGGCAGCCGAUUGGCUAACAUCCACUGCCAACACCAAUAUGUUCACCUAUGAGGUGGCUCCUGUCUUUGUGCUGCUGGAAUACGUCAGUCUGAAGAAGAUGAGGGAGAUCAUUGGCUGGCCGGACGGGCGAGGAGAUGGCAUUUUCUCUCCUGGUGGUGCUAUUUCAAAUAUGUAUGCCAUGCUGCUGGCCCGCUUCAAGAUGUUCCCUGAAGUGAAGGAGAAAGGAAUGUCAUCUGUUCCCAGACUGGUGGCCUUCACGUCCGAACAUAGCCAUUUUUCAAUCAAAAAAGGUGCAGCAGCUCUUGGCAUUGGGACAGAAAGUGUGAUCUGCAUCAAAGCAGAUGAAAGUGGUAAACUUAUCCCAGCUGACCUUGAGAGGAGAAUACUGGAGGCGAAGCAGAAGGGUUUUGUACCUUUCUUUGUGAGCGCUACUGCUGGAACAACUGUGUACGGAGCAUUUGACCCUCUCAUCGCCAUUUCUGACAUCUGCAAAAAGUACAACAUCUGGAUGCACGUGGAUGGUGCGUGGGGAGGAAGUCUCCUCAUGUCCAGGAGACACAGGUGGAAGCUGGACGGAGUUGAGAGGGCCAAUUCGGUAACAUGGAACCCACACAAGAUGAUGUCCGUCCCUCUGCAGUGUUCGGCCCUGCUAGUCAGAGAGGAGGGUCUGAUGCAGAACUGCAACCAGAUGCACGCCUGCUACCUGUUCCAGCAGGACAAACACUACGACCUUUCCUACGACACCGGAGACAAGGCGCUGCAGUGUGGACGCCACGUGGACAUCUUCAAGCUGUGGCUCAUGUGGAGAGCUAAGGGCACUAUUGGGUUUGAAGCUCAGAUUGACAAGUGCUUGGAGCUGUCUGAGUACCUCUACAACAAGAUCAAAGACAGAGAAGGAUACGAGAUGGUCUUUGACGGGAAACCUCAGCACACCAACGUCUGCUUCUGGUACCUCCCUCCUGGGAUCCGCUACAUGGAGGACAAAGAGGAGAGAAAGAAACACUUGCACAAGGUGGCUCCAGUAAUAAAGGCCAGGAUGAUGGAGUACGGGACAACCAUGGUUAGCUACCAGCCACAAGGGGACAAGGUCAACUUUUUCCGCAUGGUGAUCUCAAAUCCUGCUGCUACCUUCGAGGACAUCGACUUUCUUAUUGAGGAGAUUGAACGACUCGGCCAAGAUCUAUAAGACUCAUCUCACCAAAUCCUCCUUUACUGUCCCUCCUUGACGGAUGAAUUGUUUGUCGUGAAUGUACUGGUAAACCUUUUCUUUUCUCUCUCUUUCCUCCAAAGUCACAUAUUUAAGAGUAUAUUUGAGAAAAAAGAUACACCAAUAUAUCCAUAUAUUAUGUAUUGUAGCUUUGCUGUGGACUUGCUUGGUCCAAAGCUAUGUAAAAGUGCUUCUGUCUGCCUCUCCUAUAGUGUAGUAGAUCCCAGAGUAGUGUAAGUGAUGUAACUUUAUAUGUACUGUGUGAAAUGAAACGCUUGUGCAAUAAGUCGAUGAGGAAGAGUUUAUUUUUGAAUCAUUUUCCGGUUGCCGAGUAUGUUGUUAAGUGCCAAACGUGGUUGUGUUUUAUUGUAACUUUAUAUUUUAAACUUCUGGUUCAAAACAAAAAAAAAGCACUUCACCUUACCUCAGCUUAAUCAACUGCCUCUACAUCUGAACAUAGUACUUCGCGCAGUGAUUUUGAACAAUAUUUUCUCUUGAUGGUGAUGAAGAGCAGUACCAGCACAUGUUAAAUACGAAUCCCAACCAGAACAGGCCAUUGUAGGGAAUUGGAAAUGUGCACAAGAGAUGGCAAGGAAAAGAUUUCCAUCAAAAUUACAUAACAGUAAAGCAUUUAUGAAGGCUUGUCGGUCCAUCAUGCAUUACCUCGGCCUCUGACAGUUUGGUCUGCAGCUUAUGAUGCUAAUUUAAUGUUGUUGCAUAUUCCUGCUGACACUUUCUACUCUUUUUACACACAAUACUUUCUGGUGUAUUUAAAGUGGUAAAGGCUUGUUAAACCUAUUUGUUUAAUGUCACCAGUUACGUACACAUAUCAAAAUGGGUACCAUUUUCCAACCAGGCUGUAUAUUUAGCUGUGCUGAGUGUGCAUUAUGUGUUAUAAUGAUGAUCUUACAUGAGAAUAAUCAACACGUCAGAGGUAACAUGAAGUUAUAAUCCUUAAGAACCCCAUUUUUGCUACAAUUAAUAACCAACAUUUGUUCAGCAAUAGCCAUUCAAAGUUAAGGCGUCCACCUUAACCACUCUGAAUUCAAAUUGUGCAGCCAUGGACAAGGAAUUCACUGGAAAUUUUAUUUUAAGUAAUGAAUCAAAUUCUAAUAAUACAAAGUGUUAUGUCUCAAAACCAUUAAUUAAUGAUCUUGCAAUUUUUGGUUAUUAUUGUGUAUGCUAGGCAAGGCUGCAUUACCAACAGGCAAAAUGAGCAACUGCCAAGGGGCCACUACAGCCCCAGGUCACUGCAUGUCAACUGGUAUUGGUAAUUUGAUUAAUUGCACAUUUGCCACACUAAAGAACAAUAUCGUUUAAAAGCAAAUUCUCGCCCUGAUUAAUCAAGCCAUGAUGGAGCUUUUUGGGCCAGUUGGCAUCACAUGACCUGCAGUACCAACUUUGGCCACUACUCCAAAAUCCUCUCGACUGACAUUUUAAGGAUUAUAACUUUAAAGAUGUAAACCUUUUAUCUACAGUACCGUUAUGAGAGAGCCUAUAUGUCAGUGGUGUAUUUGAGCAAGCACUUAAUGAAGGAUGGAGCAUCUGAAGAAACUGGAAACGGGGCAAUAAUAGUGUUUUGUCUGAAUAUAGGAACUCCACCAGAUCACUUGCACUUAAAUUAUUGAGGGAGGAGAAGUGUCCCUUUGCAUUGCAACUGAGAUUUCCUCUUUAUUCAUUCACAAGCAAUAUUCAAGUAUGGGUCCAAUCCUUAUACCCUGCAAAAUAUCAACAAAAAACAGUGAAUUCAAGUGUACAAUAGUUAAUGAUAAUCAAGUUUCCUACUACGCACAGUAGUUAGCAAAAAAACAUCUUCAAAAUAUGCUUUCUGUAAGCAGGUUAGUUGAACCCUGAUUUAACAAGCAGAGGUUCUGUAGCAUUUUCAUUAGAAUAAGUUAGAAAAGCACAAUUUGCUCAACAUGGUCGGUCAGUGUACAAUCACUUUGAUCAUAGAUUGUAAAUAGUAUUUCAAGAUGUCCUAAGUACAUAUCUUUGUGUAUACAUAGGUGUAUAUAAGACAUAUAACCAGAGACUAUUUGUGAGGUAAAGUUAUUCAUAUUUUCUCUAUCUCCAGUGUAGAUUACCUGUAUUUUCAUCCUGUUUGUCCAAAAGGCUUUUUUCCUGUGUGUAUGUGUCAGAUACCUGACUUGGUUUUUGACUCUUCUAGCUAUUUCAAAGAAAACAUGUUUCAGGGACUGGCUUUAAAGAAAUGGACAGUCUUCACCUUGGAAUACUUUUGAGUCUUGCUCAGAGACUCUGGUGUUUGGAUUUUAAAUGCAAAGCCAUUUUGACUCUGAAGCACUGCAUUUUUUGUGCACAAGUGAUACUUGACAGUAUGUGCCGAUGUGUACCUUAAUGUGUCUGUAACUGUGUUGCCUUAGUAAACAUUUGCCAGUAUUGUCUAGUUUUCCUCCAGUCGAGGAGGUUGUGCACUUUAGAGUAUACACAUGACCUAAUAACGUGCAAUGUCCAAUGGUUGUUCAUAAGUUGAUGUUUAAAAAAAAUUGUCAAAAAUGUAACUUAAGCUCUUUGGUCUGAAUGUGUCAAGAAUCGACGGUCUGUUGGAAAUGAAAGCAUUUAAUUUUUUGCAGAUUGUAGAUAUUAUAAAGCUUCUUGUUUAACUGUCUUGCAUCCCGACAGAGAGUACCCAAUAGUUUGAAAUGCUCUUUAGAUUUAUUUGUCCCAGUUCUGUUCAUUUCCUAGAUAAAAAUGGCGAAACACACUGUGACACAGACAACAUCAGAUUUAUUACAAAGGAAUCUCACUGUGGUAGUCUUUGGAAAGUCUUUGUUUCUCUUGCUGCUGCUGCUAGACUUGCUUCCUUUGCACGUGCAUGCAAUGCCUUGCCUAUCCAGCUUGUCUCCUAUAUACCUAUUUCUAUAUAUAUACAUAUUUAUACAUAUAUACAGUAUGUGUAGCUCCUGUAAUUAGCUUUAGUGUCCAAUGUAUAGCUUUACCUGUAGAUUAGUGCACUGUCGCUCUAGCCUUUACAUGUGAUCUCUGUGUCUUGGGCUUCCUGUAAAUGUUUCUUCGUGCUGCAAGCAUGCUAACCUCGCCUAGCAUUGUAAUCCUCUCCGCGCUUGAUCUGACUAUCUCUAUCCUCUGUCUUUCUCUUCUGCUUGAAGACUGUCGCAGCUCAGAACCUAGAGUAUUAUAUCUAUAUGUGUAGUCCCUCAGCAUGUCUCUCUGAAAGCUAUUCUCUGCUCUGCACCUGUAUGACCGUUUCUCUCUUUCUCUUACGCUUUGCCCUCUGGUAGCAGUGACAAUUGUGCUUUCCUAUAACAUUUAUUGGCUACCCGCUGUCGUUCUGUUUGUGUAUCUGAAACAAUAUGUUGACUCGUGUCAUGGUGCCACAAUGUCGCCAUUUCUGGUUUUGUUUCGCCGAGGCCCUUGACUCCAUGGGAUGUACGAGAAACAGAAUUAAAAGGAUUUAGACUCAAUUGUCCUUUAACACAGAAGUAUAAAAAAAAUAUCACCUGGUUUCUUGCUUACAGGAAAUGUUUGUUUAUGAGAACAAUUAAAAUCCCUAGUACUCAGAGUGCAGUUUAUUUUAACAAUAUGGUGCAAUUUUGAAUCAUAUUCUGCAAAUUGCUGUGCUAGUUUCUCUAAAACAUUCAUUUGUCCUGAACUAUAUGUUACCAUUGGGAAAAUAAAAAUAAAUAUUGUUAAAACAAA